AUGGGCACGAAAGGUUUGAAAGACGCAAUGCAGAACGCUGCCAAGGAGUUCCUCUCCUUUGUGGAUAAAGGGGUGUCCCCCUACCAUGUCGUUGAAGAGUGCAAGCGACGACUUUGUUCAGCUGGCUUCCAGGAGCUAAAGGAGGUCGACCACUGGGACCUGAAACCUUCCAACAAGUAUUACCUGACAAGGAACUACUCCACAAUAAUUGCCUUUGCGGUGGGAGCCAAGUACAAACCAGGGAAUGGAUUUAGCAUGAUUGGAGCUCAUACAGACAGCCCCUGCCUACGGGUGAAAGUCAGGUCGAAGAAAACGCAGGUGGGUUACCUACAAGUCGGAGUGGAGUGCUAUGGUGGCGGAAUCUGGAAUACUUGGUUUGACCGGGACCUCACCAUAGCCGGCAGGGUUGUGCUAAAGAAUGGAGACAAAAUGGAGCAUCGCCUGAUCAAUGUGGCUGACCCAGUCCUUCGUAUUCCUCACCUGGCCAUCCACCUGCAGAGAGAGAUUAAUGACAACUUUGGACCCAACAAGGAGAACCACCUGGUUCCAAUCAUAGCUACAGCUGUAAAGGAGCAGCUAGAACUGGGAGCGAAAUCUACUGGAAAUGCCUGUGAUGCCUCUCAAAUGUCCGAGAAGCACCACUCUGUCCUGCUGAACCUGCUCUGUGCUCAACUGGGAGUCAAUGUGGACAAAAUCAUUGACUUUGAGCUAUGUCUGGCCGAUACUCAGCCUGGGGCUCUGGGUGGCGUCUUCAAGGAGUUUAUAUUUGCUCCACGGUUGGAUAAUUUACACAGCUGUUACUGUGCCUUGCAGGCCCUGAUUGAAUCAUCCGAGGAGCAAGGCACACUGGCUGAGGACAGCAAUAUCCGAGUGGUUACGCUGUUUGACAAUGAAGAGGUGGGCAGCGAGAGUGCUCAGGGGGCAGGCUCCUCCUUGACGGAGUUAGUUCUACGUCGCCUGGCUUCCUGUUGCGACAACCCGACUGCGUUUGAAGAAGCCAUUCCCAAGUCAUUCAUGAUCAGCUCGGACAUGGCGCACGCUGUACACCCCAACUACACAGACAAGCAUGAGGAAAAUCACAGGCCAGCCCUUCACAAGGGGCCAGUGCUUAAAUUUAACAGUAACCAGCGAUACGCCUCAAAUGCUGUCACUGCCGCCAUAGUGCGAGAGAUUGCUAACCGUGUGGAUGUCCCACUCCAGGAUGUCAUGGUGAGGAACGACAGUCCCUGUGGUACUACCAUCGGACCAAUCCUCGCCUCUGGCCUUGGGCUGAAGGUAUUGGACAUGGGUUCCCCACAGUUGGCCAUGCACUCUAUCCGAGAGAUGUGUUGUACAUCGAGUGUAUUGCAAACCAUCACAUUAUUCAAGGUAAGCGCCACCCUGCUCCCUGGUGAGCACUGAGAAGGUUAACUACUC